UAACCCUCCCUUGUUUAUGAAUGGUUUUCAUAUUUGCGCACAAAAAUAAAAACAAAAAGAAUAAGAAUCUAAAAAUAGUUGCAAAAAUAUUCUUUGAAUACUAAAGCAUCACAAAACAGAGGCAGAAAAAAGUAGUAGAUGCCCGAAAAGGUAUACAUUUCCCCCUACCUUGGAAUUUUUUAAGUGCAGUGUGUGUUGUCUUCGUCAUCAUCGUCCUUAAAGUGAAGCUAUGACAGAACGAAAGUUUACCCGAGCUUUAAACAAGCCGGGCAUGGCGGCUCAAUUACGCGAAACUGUAUCGCAGGUGGUUCGAGAGAGUGCAGUGUUGAUGAAAUAUCCAACCAAAGAAAGUCAUAGCCAGCAAACGAAUAAACCUUUGGUUGUGGAACCCAUUGACUUCGAGGGAUUUAUUGCAAAGAAUAAAACACUUAUACAGAAUGAUUCGCAUAGAGAAUUGCUUAUGUAUCCCAAUGAUGAUGUCUCGGAAAUCAUCUUACCCCGCAAAUUACGCACAAAUUCCAAAUCUAUCACCGAUUGCUUUGAACCACCAAAUGUGGCCAUUAUUUGUCCCAUGCAUGGAGCAAACGGCACAAAUGGCUCACACAAUGUCUCGCGACAAAAUAGCUCCGCCUCUGGAAGUCCACGCACAACACAACGCCAAAUUAGUAAUCAAUCGACAACGUCUUCCAAUGGCUCCGCCCAUAAUGGCCAAAUAUCGCGUAAAUCCUCACAAAACUCCUCCCAGUUGGAUGCAGUCAAAUCACCUACGUCUUCACAUGACUCCUACGAAUCAGCCUUGUCCUCCCAUGUGGGUGUUACAGCAGCCACUAGAUCUAUAUCUUCCUCAAGUUCCACACUAAAAUCAAGUAAUUUAGCCCAGCCAGAAGAGGAUGAUGAUUUGGAUAAUAUAGGCGAAUCGUUGACCAAUAAUGGCUGUGGCAAUACGACAGGACCGAAAUCGGAAUGCUCUCGUUUUACAAGGCAGGCCUUGUAUACGUAUAGAGCUAAAAAUCAUUUGAUACACUAUAAAUAUAGUGCUUAUGGGGGAACUUGUCAUGAUUUACCCAAAUUAAAUCCCAGCGAAGUUCUCAGAGAGGAGGUUUAUGAAAUCGAUGCUGAUCAAGAUCGCAUUGACGAACAAAUGUCCCGUUCUCAAGCUGAUUCCAUAACCAAACAGGGUUAUUUGCUGAAAGGUCCUGAUGCGGGCUCAGAUCGCAUGUUUGCCAAUAUUGGAAAUAAGUCAUUCAAGAGAAGAUACUGUUACUUAAGGCAUGAAGUGGAUGGUACUUAUAUUUUGGAAUUGCACAAAGAUGAAAAACAAGGAGAAGCCAAGGCCACCAUAGUCAUGGAUUUCUGUACGGAAGUUGUGCAGAAUCCCAAACGGGGCCGUUACUGUUUUGAGCUUCGUAUGACUGAAGGUCAUAAAUCCUUUACAUUGGCUGCCGAAAAUGAAGAUGAUUUCAAAGAUUGGCUGCUUAAACUAUCCUCGGUAUUGCAACAGAAUAAAAUUCAGGAAGAUAAACGUAAUGCCUCACUGGAAAGAACCCCGCAGCAACAGACGCCGUGUACCAACACUGCCAUUACAUUUGGCACCCUCAAGGGCCUGGAUCAAUCAAUGAAUCCUCAACUUAUCAAAUAUGGCAGGGAAACUGAUAUAUCCAUAGCACAAGCCAGAAGAGAACAUCGUCGACGUUUAUUUGCCAACUAUCAGUCGCCGUCAAGAGCCACUUCCAGCGAUAAUGUUGACCAAUAUCGUGAACAGUUCGGUAAACGCAUGCUUAUCACUUGUAGAAGUCUGCGAUUUCGUCUGCAAUGUCCUAAAGACAGCAUGAUAACGGCUGAGGGUGAUCAUUUGUGCCAAGUCGAACCCUACAUAACUAGUCUGGCCCUCUACGAUGUUCGCGCAGGACGCAAACUAACGGAAUCGUUUUAUUUCAAUAUCAACGAUGAUCAUGUACGUGAUAUGUUACCCUCCACGCCGGUUCCAGAAUCGGUGGCCUAUUCCCAUAUACCCCGUAAAGAUGUACACGAUGAACGCACACGUCAAACAUCACAAGCCUUUUGCACACUCAUAGAGAAUCUCUCGGCUGAUCUACAGAAGAGCACCAAAGAGCAAUUUGCCCAAUUAAGGCAGGGUAUAUUCUCGGUGACAGCGGCGCAUCCGGAAAUAUUUUUGGUAUUGAAAAUUGAGAAAAUUUUACAAUGCAACAUAGUGCAGGCCGCUGAGCCAUAUCUAAAGGCAAAUCGUGAUCCCAAAUUUGCCCAGAAGCUGCAUAAGAAUAUACGCAACUAUGCCCAGAAUAUAGGGCACUAUAGACAGCCAUUUGCCUGGGCUGCCAAGCCUUUAUUUAAGCCCUACAGCAAUGAGCUGGAUACCGAAAAAAAUGAAUUCGAAUUUAAUAUUUUGUAUCGACAAGAGAUUAAUAAGCUAAAGGAUGAGGAGUUGUUAAAGUUUCUGGUUGACUAUCGCAAACCGGAGAAGCUUAGCAAGUUAACCAUAAUACCAGGCCAGUUUAAGUUAACCAUAGAAGAAGUGGAAAAAGUACAUGGUUCAUUUACCAAAUCCUUAGUUCCUGUGGUAAAUAACUCUAUGGCCUCAAAGUCAACCAGUUUGGAAAUAACCGAAUUCCAAAGUUCAUGUGAAAGAGAUUGUCAUCCCUAUACAACAUUUUGUAAUCAUUUGUUUGUGUAUCCUUUGGCCUUGCAAUUCGAUAGUCAGAAAAUAUUUUCCAGAGCCCGUAAUAUAACCGUGGUGGUCGAGCUAAGAGACUCGGAUAAAGAGAACUCUAAAGCUUUAAAGUGCAUCUAUGGUCGUCCUGGUCAUGAUUUUCUGGUUUCACACAUUGCCUGCCCGGUGCUGCAUCACAAUACCACUCCCACGUGGUAUGAAGAAUUGAAAUUACGUCUCCCCUUGGGCAUCUUCCCCGAACAUCAUUUGUUAUUCUCGUUUUAUCAUGUCUCAUGUAAUCUGGGCAAGAAACGCGAUGCCUCUGCAUCAUUUGAGACGCCCAUUGGUUAUGCUUGGCUACCCCUACUACAGAAAGGUAAAAUCAAUUUGGAUGAGCAAGUAAUACCGGUGGCAGCAUCAUUACCCGUUGGCUAUUUGAGCAUACAACCAUUGGGAUUGGGAAAAGGGAAUUGUGGACCCGAAGUGCAAUGGAUCGACAAUCAACGCCCUCUAUUUGCGGUCAUUUUGCGUAUGGACUCUACUGUGCAUACAGCGGAUCAACAUUUGCACAACUUCUUUGUGCACUGUGAACGAUUGCUGGAGGGAGGCAAAACCUCGGCAAUGCCAGCUGAGACGGAGACUUGUAAGAUUUUAAAAGCUGCCCAUGCCAUUGAUAUCACCAGUCUCAUCAACUUUCUGCCCACCUUGUUGAAUGAGCUGUUUACCCUGCUGGUGCACACACAUUCGGAGGAAGUGGGUCUUAAUGUCAUACGCUUGCUUAUCAACAUCAUACACAUGAUCACCGAGGAGGCAGGGCGCAAGGAGUUGCUGACCUCCUAUGUGACAUAUGUUUUUCAUGCUCCCUACUAUUCGCAGAAAAUUACGCGUACGGUACAUGGGGAAUUAUGCCGUCACUUGCCCUCUAUACUGGAUCCGAAGAACACUGAUUUUCUGGUGGUCAACAAGUUUAUGCGUUAUUCCAGUAUGUUCUUUGAUUUGAUCAUCAAGAGCAUGGCCCAACAUCUCUUGGAUACAGGGCGCAUCAGAAUGCUGCGAAACGAACGUUUUCCGAAAGAGUUUCCCACUCGGCUGGAGAAUCUUAUAAAAGUUCUUAUUCCUUAUUUGAUAUCACGCUAUAAAGAUCUUCCUGUGGAGACUCAGUACUUGAAUAAAUCCCUGUCUCAAUUCGUACGCAAGUGCUUGACCUUUAUGGACCGUGGCUUUGUCUUUAAGCUGAUACGUUACUACAUGGAACAGUUCGCCCCAGGCGAUCCUCGUGUGCUGCAGGAAUUUAAAUUCAAUUUCCUACAAGAAAUCUGCCAACACGAGCACUAUGUGCCAUUGAAUUUGCCGUUUGUGAUGAAUCCUAAGAAUCGGCCUCCCGAAAUGAUGCAGCAUUUCAAUCUGACCGAGGAGUUUUGUCGACAGCACUUUUUAUCCGGGCUGCUGCUGCAGGAGUUAAAGAGCAGCCUCAAUGAGAUUGGCCAUGUGCGGCGCCAUGCCCUGCAAGUCCUAAAGAAUCUGCUAGCCAAACACGAACUCGAUGACCGCUAUCAGAAUCGGGGUCAACUGUCGCGUAUAGCUUUGCUCUAUGUACCCUGGCUGGGCAUAGUCAUGGAUAAUAUACAGCGCAUAAACGACCUAACGGAGGUGUGCACACCCAAUGGCCACGUGUAUGCGGAUUCGGCCUCCUAUACCCAACGCUUGUCCUGCUCCAGUAGUUAUGUUUUCGCCAAAGAUUCUUUGCUGAAUUCUAGUUCCUCAAGUACUCCUAGGGGUAAAAAUCGAGCCACCUUACACCUUGAUCACCCCAGUCCUCUAAGAGCUUCGGUUUACAUCAAGGAGAACAAUUACUUCGCGGCCAUAGCCGGCCCGUCGAUGAGUCAAAAUGGCUGCUCGGAUUCCUCCCUUAAUUCGCUUAACUCUGACUCUCAGAAUUCCCAGGACACCACUUUGGGGGCGAAUGGCAACUGCACCCACACCACAAACGGUCAUAACGAUUGUCAUGAAGUUGCCUUGAGAAAUGGCCACAAUCGCUCCAUCAGUGUUACCAACACUACUGUGCAACAGAGAUUCGAUAAAUUCUCCGCUUCUGAGAGCAAGGAUUUCCUGCUCGGUUUUCUGUUUGUCAUCAAACAUUUGUCCAAGGAACAAAUGAUUGGCUGGUGGCAGAAUUGCAAUGAGACCGAGACCAUAAAUUUUUUGACCAUCUUGGAGCUAUGUCUCUUGCAAUUCCGCUAUGUUGGCAAGAAGCAUCUCAAUUUGGGCGAAGAGUCCAAAGAUGACCGAGCGUUGAGGGCCGCCAAGGCUAGCACCCUGCCAGCUAGAUGCUCGCCAGCCAACAUAGAACAGAAUGUUCACGAAACCGGAACACUAAAUCACACUCAGAACCGGGAGAAUUUAUUGGACGAAACGGCCAGAAAUCAAAGGGCUUUGUACGAAUCGAAUUUGGCUACGGAAGUGGGUAUGAUCAUACUCGAUUGUUUGGGCUUGUUCGCCGUACAGUUUAAACACAAGCUACUGGAUAGUUUGAUUUUGCCCAAAUUCGCCCGCGUCUAUUUGAAGUUCCUGCAAUUGGGCCAGUCGGAAAGUCUAUCGAAGCAUGUCUUUGCUGCCCUAAGGGCUUUCAUUAACAACUUUUCGCCAGCCUUCUUUAAGGGCAAUGCCAUCCUGUGUGGUCAAAUGGUCUAUGAGCUGUUAAAGGCCUGUGAUAGUCGCUUGGUGCAGAUAAGACAUGAUUCCUGUGCGGUGUUAUAUCUGCUAAUGCGCAGCAAUUUCGAAUUUAGUGGCCGCAAGGGUUUGACUCGUGUUCAUCUGCAAGUCAUCAUCUCAGUGUCACAAAUGAUAGGCAAUGUGAUAGGCCUAAAUAAUGCUCGCUUCCAGGAGAGUUUAUCCAUAAUAAAUAGCUAUGCCAACAGUGAUAAGGCCAUGAAAGGCACUGGCUUCCCCAUGGAGGUUAAGGAUCUUACACGUCGCGUUAGAACCGUUCUGAUGGCCACUGCCCAAAUGCAGGCCCAUCAUAUGGACCCCGAGAGGCUGCUUGAAUUGCAAUAUUCUUUGGCAAAUUCCUAUGCUUCCACACCCGAACUCAGGCACACUUGGCUGGUGACAAUGGCUCGCAAGCAUGAACAGAAUGGUAAUAUCUCAGAGGCUGCCUGCUGUCAUCUACAUAUAGCUGCCCUCAUGUCUGAAUAUCUGAGGCUAAAGGGUUGCGGCAACAUAAAAUGGGGUUCUUCGGCCUUUGCCAAAAUUUCUCGCAACAUACAUCGAGAUGAACAGGGUCUCAAAUUGGAUGCCGGAUCUCAGGACUCCCAAUAUACGGAGCAUAUGCUUUUGGAGCAAUUGAAACAGUGUGCUUUGUUCUUGGACACCGCUGAGCGUUACGAAUGUCUGGGUGAGCUGUACAAACUGAUAAUGCCCAUUUAUGAGAGAACACGCAACUACAAUGAUCUCCAGGAAUCACAUGAACAUUUGGCCAAAGCUUAUGCCAAAAUUAUUGAGGUGAAUAGGUCGGGCAAGCGCAUGCUGGGUAGAUUCUAUCGUGUGGUUUUCUAUGGCGUGAAUUAUUUUGAGGAAGAUCAUGCUGUGGAGUAUGUCUACAAGGAACCAAAACUUACCUCACUGAGUGAAAUCUCAGAGCGUUUGGCCAAACAGUAUAAGGAGAAAUUUGGGGCCGAUGUUGUCAAAAUGAUAAUGGACUCAUCACCGGUAAAUGUAAACGAAUUGGAUCCAAAAUUAGCCUAUAUUCAAGUGACUCAUGUGAUACCUUUCUUUACGAAAGAUGAACUCGAUCAAAGACUGAAUGAAUUUGAACAGAAUCAUGAUGUUGAUACAUUCAUGUAUGAGACACCAUUUACAAAAUCUGGUGCUGCGCGUGGUUCGGUGGAGGAACAAUGGAAACGUAAAACUGUUAUAAAAACUACUUAUUCCUUUCCUUAUGUUUUGAAACGUAUUCCGGUCAAGACUAGGGAAAUAAUCGAAUUAAGUCCAAUAGAAGUAGCCAUCGAUGAAAUGCAAACCAAAGUUUCGGAAUUAGAAGAGACAAUAUUGCCACCAGCCGAUGUUAAAAAGCUACAAUUACGCCUACAAGGCAGUGUGGCUGUGCAGGUGAAUGCUGGUCCUUUGGCAUAUGCUCAGGCAUUUUUGGAUCCCAAAGUAGUAAAUAAUUUUUCUGUUGAUCGUGUUGAGGAUCUGAAAGAUGUGUUUCGAGAUUUCAUUGGGGUUUGUCAUACAGCUCUACAACUUAACGCCCGUAUGAUAAGCAGCGAUCAAAAGGAAUAUCACAAUGCCCUCAAGGAGAAUUAUCAAAAAAUGUGCCAGGAUUUGGGUGAACUAUUGGAUGAAUCAUUUCAACCGCUUGAUGAUAGUGCCCAUAAUACUCAACGCAAUAGCAUGGCUUUAUUCAAUGCUAUCAGCGGAACUUCGAAUAAUUCAAGUACUGCCUAAAAAUUUAACAAAUCAAACGAUAAAAGCGUUACAACCAAACAAAAAUCUUUCGAAUCUAUAGUUUAGUUUAGUCUUUAUAUGAAACAUUGUAUGACUGUAAGUGUGUGUGCGUGUCUGUGCAAGUUUGGGUCUAACCCCACUAGUCUAUGUGUGUGUGAAUGUAAGCCGUCUAUUUAUAAACUAAUUCUUCUAUAGAAACAAACACAUAUUCUAUGUUACUACAACACUAAAACUCAACUCAAUAUGAACUAUUUAAACAAAUGAAGUAAUUCUAGAUGUAUUUUAGAUAUGAUCUUUAUAUAGUUUCCACUAAAAAUAUUUUCAUAUUAACCUCUGUCUGUCUGAUCUUUUAAAGUAAAGCAAAUGAAAUGAAACCAAAAUCAAAGAAAUAAGAAAAAAAUAGAAUUUAAUUUAAUUUGUGAGAAUGUAAGAUUUGCUAACUACUAAUUUUCUAAGUGGUCUUUGGUGGUCUACUAGUAUAGCAACAUUAGAAAUGUUCGAAUGUGAUGGUUUUUUAUUAUCAUUUUUUUUGUAAAGGACUCGAAUUUGUUUUUUCUUUUUACUUCGUUUUACUUAUAUUAAUGUUGAAUUUUGUUUUGUUUUUUUAUUUUUAAUUUUAGGUUUUGAUUUUGCCGUUUAUUAAAAUGAAUGAUAAGAACACUGCUAAUGAUAUUUAGAUUACAUUAUACAUACAUACAUUUAUGACAUACUACUAAUAAGAUAAACAAAAUCCACCAAACAAAUUACAAGGGAAAUUCGCCUUCCCAAAAAGAAACACACACCACAAAAUCCCACUUGUGCUUCAUAUACACUUUCACAUAGCUAACUUAAAAUUAAUGCAAUUAUUUAAUCCAACUGGGGGUUAAUCGAGCUAAUGUCCACGAUGUCAUUAGAAAGAAGAGAUUGUUUCUAUGAUUUAAAGGAAUUUCCAUCUUCAGACAAUCACAACACAAAUCUCAUACAAAUGGUAGUCGCGUUUCAUUAAUUGGCAACAUCCAACAGUAUCUUACUAAGUUGGCUGUCACAGUCAAAUAGCCGAAAUCCGAAAAGAUUUCUCAGUGUUCGGAUCUUCUGCCCUUCUUCUCCAAUUUCUGACGUAUAGUUUAUGUGUUUCUCCACUUGGUCUUUCUCCCAACCAUUGGUAUUCCUCUUUUCCUUCUCCAAUUUCUGACAUAUAGUUUUGAGAUGUGUUUCUCCAUUUGGUCUUUCUACCACCCAUUGGUAUUCCUGUUCUGUGUUAACCAUCAGUUCAAUUUAACUUCUAUGCUGGGGCUCCUUCUAUCAUUUUGACAGCAUGACCUGACAAAUAUAAUUCUUUUGUAAGUACCCAUUGAUUCGGAACCGUAUUACAACACGAGAAGUAUCAGUGUCUUGUACUGUGCAAUUUUUUCUGUCGAGAUAAGGAUUUCUUCCCGAAUUGUCUGUACUUUUUCAAAUAUUCUUCUUCAUUUCAGUUCAUUACUGGUGAAGGUAGAUAAAAUUUCAACUUUCUCAAAGUUUAAAUUUCCAACUUACUAUCUUUACGCAUGGCAGCCGGUUGUACGUACCGGAUUGAACCGAUUUAGUCAUUCAUUGGUAAGGACGGCCGCCUAGCAUUUUGUUGUACACUAACAACACACUGCUACAUAAACUCUGGUUUACAGAGCGUUCCGAGCGUUUCUACUGUUUCAAUUUACUGCCAGACCCAUUUUAACUGACUCUUCGAUCUUUUCAAAGGAUGCAGUUACUGCUCUCGAAGCAUAAUAACCAUUCACACCGGCACCUUGUAUGAUCUUUCCCAGCAGGUUAUCACACGAAAAGUUAUUUUCCUGUCUAAAACAAGGGGUCCGAAAUACCGCAUACGUGAACGAGUAAACCGUUCGAAAUCUCUCUAUUGUGAAUUAUGUAUUUCUUUAUUAACAGCCGGUUAUACGUACCGGAUUGAUCCGAUGAAGUCCUUCAUGGGCAAGGACUGCCGCCUAGCAGUGUGUUGUGCACUAACAACACAUUGCUACAAAAACUUAGGUCUACAGAGCGUUCUGAGUAUUUCUACUGGUUCUAUCAUUUUAAUUUACUGCCAGACCUAUUUUAACUGACUCUUCGAUCUUUUCAAAAGGAUGCAGUUACUGCUCUCGACGCAUAAUAACCAUUCACAUCGGCACCUCGUAUAAUCUUUCCCAGCAGGUUACACACGAAAAGUUGUUUUCCUGUCUAAAACAAGGGUCAGAAAUACCGCAUACGUGAACGAGUAAACCGUUCGAAAUCUCUAUUGUGAAUUAUGUAUUUCUUUAUUGAAAGAGAAUUUUUGAAAUUAAAAAAGCGCUAACGUUUAAGUCGAUCAUAAUUUAUAAAAGAUUUGGCAUUUAAAUGUUUUUGAAAGGGGUAUAACAUCCAUUAAAUACGAGCUGAAAUUUCAUUCUAUUCGUAAGCGCUCUCGAUCACGUAUGCGGUAAUUCGGCCCCUGGUUUGGCAUUGAAAGUUUCGGAACGGGGUUUUCUCCGUUUUACUUACUUUACUUUAAUUGGCUAUGACAGAACAUUUGUUCCACUAGCCGAGCGUAGAAUAGUAUUCCAAGCGCCUCGAUCUUCUUCGCUCAUUCUAAAAUCUCUGAUACCAAGUUUCGAAGUGUCUCCCACCACUUGAUCUUUCCAUACAUUGGGCCGAAUUACCGCAAACGUGAUCGAGUGCGCUUUCGUAUCGAAUGGAAUUUUAUGUCGUAUUUAAUGGGUCUUAUAUCAUUUGUAUAUAAAUUUUUUUAUAAAGAAAUCUAGAUUUAUAUAUUCGCGUUCUUAAAUUUCUAAAAUUCCCUUUCAGUAAAGAUAUACAACAUUCACAAUAGAGAAAUUUUGAACGAUUUUACUCGUUCACGUAUGCGGUAAUUCGACCCCUGUUCAUUAAAUCCGUAUUUAAGGCUCUUGUCAGCCGAUUUUAUAAAAGGAGAACAGAUGAUCGAGCCAUUAAAUCCGGAUUUACAGAGCAGUGUAAACGGGGUUUAUGAUUCACAAUGGUAAAGUUUACGCGUUUCGUUGAUUGGAACAUCAACAUUAGCGUAACAUUUCGAAUCACAGGGACAAUAGUACUGAUUAAGUUCAGCUUGUCAAUCAAUGAUAUCUGGUCUAUUUCGCUGACUUUAUAUUAAAUUAUUCCAUUAAAUUCGGAUUUAAACAGCAGUGUAAACGGGGUUUUUGAUUCACAACGAAUGUGAUUCACAAUGGUAAAGUUUACGCGUUUAUUUACCAUUUCGAAUCAGAGAUACAAGAUACAAGAUUCACAACAGUACUGAUGAAGUUCAGCUUGUCAAUCAAUGAAACGCGUCUAGCAAUAGUGUGAUACCUGCGCACUGAUUGUCUGAUAGAAACCAUCUCACGUUAAAAUUUUCUUUAAAACACAAAUUGAAUUAUUCAGUUUUCUUAUGCAUAUUGUUUCAUUCUACGACAGUUUAACUGUAGGAAUAUUUAUUUAAAUUUUUAUUUAAUUUAAGUUUUUUUUGUUUAUUUUUUUUUUAAUUCUAACUUUGUUGCUGAACUGACUGUGCAUUUAUUUAAGCUUUAACUCGUUUUUGCUCUUGCUAUUGUCACCUAUGAAUGUCCUUUAAAAUCCCUAAAUCUUUUUAAUUUUGGGAAAUGCAAAAUCAAAAAACUAUAUACACACAAUUUUAUAUUUAAGCCGAACACUUGAUCACUUACAUAAGCUAAUAUAAUAACAUAAAUUAGAUAACUUAACAAAAGUAGUUGACUUUUUAUUAAGUCUCCGCUAAGUCAAAACAAAGAAAUGUAAUAACAAUUUUACAUAAGAACGAACUAAACUUAUUAUAUAUAAAUAUUUUUAAUUGUGAAUUAUUUUUCUUUAAACAAAAAAGUGCAAAUUCGAAUUCAAAUACUUUAUGCCUUUCCUUUUUUAAGUGGUUAAAAAAUAGUUAAAAAAACGACCCCACUAAAUAGCAUAAUUUUUAUCCAAUAUAUUUUAUUGCUAUAUUAUAUAUAUUAUUGACGCUGUUUUGUAAACGUCUCCCAAAAAAUAUGUAUAUUCUUUUUUUUAUUAAUUAACUUUAUAUAACAUUUAUAGAUUUAUUAUUGUUUGUUCUUGAAUACUCCUUGUGAGGUAUAUAUAACAUAAAUCGUAACAUUAUUUCUAAUGUUUAAAGCAAAUUACCAAAGUAAAGUAUUUUAAUUAUAUGAAACGUAUCCAUAUAAUAUACAAAACAUUAGUUGCUAGUAU